AUGCAGGAAAAGACGACACGUACGGACGAAGAAACUUGUGUAUUGAAGCAUUUUUAUGAUGAAGAUUUGUAUAAUGAUCUUGAUGAAAAGGAAGUCGAUAAUACUACACUUCGUUAUACACUUUUGCAAUGUCGUAGACAACUUCUUAUGUGGGUAAAAGUAUUGACUGAGACUGAUUAUGCUUAUGCUAGAGUUGAAUUAAGAGAUGAUUUCGAUAAAUUAAAAGUUGAAACUGAUAAUUUAAAAAUUGCAACUGUUUUAUUAAAUGCUAAUUUUCAAGAAUUACUUGACAAUUGCAAAUGUUUAAUUGAUCAAACUACUGAAAUUCUUAUCGACCGAAACAAUUAUUAUUCCGAAUGGGAAUCUAAUAGAAAUAUUCUUACUCCACGACCUGAUUGGGAUAAAUGCUUUCGUAUGGUACCAAACUGGAAAAUGUUGUCAAUUGACAAAACAAGUGAACAAUUAGUUGAUAUAUUAAUUAAUGAAAUUGUUCAUGGAAAUACGACACAGAAUAAUAAUGAAUAUUUUUCUAUGAUGACUAGAGAUAAAAAUGAAUUACAUGAAAAAAAUAUGUUUUUUAAACAGCUAUGCAUGAAUCCAUGUAUUGAGGAGAAAUUUAUUAAAAAUCGGCAUAUGCGUCGAAGAAUAACAGGUUUGCUUAUUAAAGAUAUUUGGUCAAGUAAAUUAUUCAAUGAAAAUCAUAGUGAAAAUAAAGCAAAUAUCAAACUAACUGAUUAUGUAUUUGAUUAUUUAACAAAAAAAUUUUGUAGUAAAGAAAUGGCUAUUGAAAUUGGUUAUAAUAUAAAAGAUGCAUGCAAUCGAUAUCGAAAUAGUUAUGAAAUAAAUCUAUUUUGGCAAAUAUUAACUGGUCAAAUCGAAGAAAAUGUUUAUCAUUAUGAAAUGAAAGAAUUUGCUCGUAUUCUUCAACAUUUAAUUAAAUUAUCUCCUAAUUUUUCAUCACAAUCUUUAAUAUCGACAAUUCGUUGGUUGGAUUUAGCAAGUGCUCUUCAUGAGCUCUAUCCGCAUUGGACAAAUGAGCGUAUAUCACUUUUAAUAACGUCCGCUGAAAGAGACUUGAAGAAAUCAACGAUAGACAACAAUGAAUUGCAAUUUUUAUUAUUAUUUACAGUUGAUGAUGAAGGUCAUCUUGGAGAAUUUUUAAUCAAUAUACGACAACAAUUAAAGUUAGAUAAAAUUGAAUAUAUUGAAAAAAUAACUGAUCUACUUAUUGGAUAUCCAUUAAUAUCAAUGAAUCAUUUUAAACAAGCUGUACAAUUUGUUGAUCCACAUAUAUCAGAAAAGGAACUCCAACGAUAUGUCAAUUGGGUAUUUGAACUAGAUAAUAUAUCGGCCAUGUUAAAUAGUGAAGGUAUAUCAGCGCAAACAAAUAAAACUAUUGAAUCAAUCAAAAAAAUACAAAGUCGUGAUUUUGAAGAGAUUAUUCUACGUUUAGAACGUUGUUCUUGUUUUAUGCAUUAA